UGGACGGAAGCCGGUGUGGUUCUCCCUCUGUGUGUGUGUGUGUGUGUGUGUGUGUGUGUUCAGCUCUUCAAUGACUUGCACAGCCUCAGCUCGCUGACUCCCAGCAGCUCCUCUUCUCCUCCUCCCAGCACCUCCACUAAACUAAUGCCGUGUGUGUGAAGUGUCGCCGGACUCUCUUCUUCUUCUUCUUCCUCCCGGACAAACCUGAAGCCCGCGGCCACUUUGUCGGAGUGUGGGAGCAUCAUGUGGAGGAAGGCUUCAGCAGUGGUCCUGCUGGCAUUAGCUGCUGGAUAUUUCUACCAAGGCAGCCCGGAGCUGCCAGAGCAGAUUUUGCAGUACAUCAACCUGCCAGUUUUUUGGUCAUCAUCUCACAAUCUGAGCAGCCAGAAGAGCGGGGAGCAGGUGAUCUCUGCUGCCUGGGAAGCGCUCAUUACUUUACCAACACGCCAGUGGAGCAAAGUGGCCGUAGGGGUAAAUGCCUGUGUGGACGUGGUUGUCUCUGGAGUGGGAUUACUGCAGGCUCUGGCUGUGGACCCCGGCACCGGCCUUGAUCAUGAAGUUCUGCACUCCAAAGAGGACUUGAGGGAGGCCUUCAUCCACUACAUGGAGCACGGAGCAGCCGCUGAGCGCUUCUUCAGCGAUAAAGAGGUCUUUCAGAUGAUCGCACGUGCAGCAGCAGAAUACCCCGGUGCAAAGUUAUACGUGGGAGGGAAUGCUGCCCUCAUUAGUCAGAAGCUCGCCACCUACCCUGAUCUGAUGGUUUUGUUAUGUGGUCCGGUCGGUCCUAAACUUCAUGAGAUGCUGGAUGAGCAGAUUGUCGUUCCACCAGAUUCUCUUCAGGAGAUGGAUGAAUUUCACCUCAUCCUGGAAUAUAAAGCAGGUGAAAAGUGGGGCCCAACUCAGGCACCUCAAGCCAACCGCUUCAUCUUCUCUCAUGACGUUUCCAACGGGGAGAUGAGCUCACUGGAGAUCUUUGUGGCGAGUCUGGAGGAGUUCCAGCCCGAACUGGUGGUCCUGUCAGGGCUCCACAUGAUGGAGGGUCAGGGGAAAGAGCUUUGGGAGGAGCGGCUGAAAGAGGCUGUGUCGGCCAUAGCUGACAUCCGUAAAGAUAUUCCCAUCCACCUGGAGCUGGCAAGCAUGACCAACAAAGACUACAUGAACAGCAUCAUGCAGGAGCAGGUUUUGCCCAUUGUCAGCUCUAUCGGGCUCAACGAGCAGGAGCUGCUCUUCCUCUCUCAGGCCAGCGAGGGGCCUCAUGCAGACUUGGGGGCCUGGAAAGGUGUCCCUGAUGUGGGGCAGGUCAGCGACAUCCUCCUCUGGAUCCUCGAGCAGCAAGGCCGCACAGACCCAUUGUCGGAGGCCGACCUCACUCGCAUUCACUUCCACACACUGGCUUACCACAUCCUGGCUACAGUGGAGGGAUACUGGGCGAAUGAGGCGGCAGCAGUGAUGGCUGGAGCCCGAGUGGCCAGCAGUCAGGCCUGCGGGCUCCAGUCGGUUGACAUUGGCAAAGUGGAGCUAAAAGCCCCGCUAGAGUUUCAUAGCUCGUACUUUGAGCCGCGAGAGAAGUUGUCCCUGAACCCAGCAGAGCCUGUUACGGUGUGGCGUCGCGGAAACGUCACUUUCCACCUCACACCAGUACUGGUCUGCAAACAGCCACUUCGGACAGUAGGGCUUGGGGAUGCCAUCUCAGCGGAGGGACUAAUUUACUCAGAGUUAAAAACCCAGCAGCCCUUCUGAGGUUUGGUUAAAUGUGACUGGAAAAUGUUGAUGGGAUGUGCCGAGAAGACCCAGUGACGUUCCCCCCUGCAUCUGCAGUUGUUGGGUUGGAAUCAUGUUUCUGAACAAGUUCAAACCUCUGUGUCCUGAGCCAGGUUCAGUGUCGUCCUUUCCAAUGUGCUGAAUGCCGACAAUUUAAAAUCCUGCCCGAUGACACCUCCAGUCUGCUUUUGUCUCCUCUGUCCUCCCUCCUCCAACCCUCACUGACUGAUGUAGAGACUGAGGCAGAACCCAAAAGAACUGGAUCUGACUGGGCUGUGAGGUGGCUGGACUUUUUGCACAUGGCACAGAUAAAAGCCAUCUUCACAAACUCCAAAGAGUUUUGUCAGCUCGCACCUAAUUUACAUUGACCUGCAUAUCUUCAGUACGCUGUGCCUUGAGAAAAUAUCAAGUUAUUGAUCAAAUUUUUAUUUCUAUUUCAGAGCCAAGCAAAUUCAUUGUCACGAGUUAUCCCUCAGAUACAUAUAUAAACACACUCAAGUAAUGGAACUGUAAUCUGAAGAGCAUCUUACUGUACAGUAGAAUCUAAGUGGUAUUCUCAAUGUUCUUUGUAUCUCGUCAACUUUUGGUGCAUCCACGUUAAAUAGAAACGGUUCUUCUCCCAGGGGUGUCUGACUUGUCCACUCAUACUUGAUGUUUUUUGUUACUUUUCCUGAGAGGAUGAACUAAUACUAGUGACUGAGACAGCUUUUCUCAGUUUUUGGUCCAAACGCGCCCACUUUAAAGAUGCUUAAUUCUGGAAACUCCACAAAGCACAGACAACAGUUAUCAUCUCUGUUGUUUGUAGAUUUCUGAUGCAAUGUUCUUAGUCGUUUAUAAUAUACUGAAAUGUAACAUGCUUUAAUGCCAACUUUAAAUAUUAUUUUGAUAAGGGUCCUCCUUUUAUGCAGUAAAGCUCAGUUUACAUUCAGAUUCAGUUGGCAGUAAGAUAAAGAUGAAAUAAAACUUGAAAUUGUGGUGUAGGUCACAUGAUAUCAGGGUUACUGUUGUUUGUAAAGAUUCUUUCUUUUCAUGUAUUGUUUUUCCUCACCUCUAAAAAUGUGAUAAUGUAAGACGAUUGGCUAGAAAAUCUUAAACGCUUCCAGUGUAACAAAGUUUUCCGGAUUUAAAUCUGAGCAUAUAAGUAAAUUAUGUUGUUACGUGGGUCGUUUUUCUGUUUUCUGUACUUAAACGCCUGCAUCAUGUCAGAUGUACAGUAUGUAACUGUCAGAACAUUGUGUGUUGUAUACCUCAAAUUGCCACUGAAGGCAUGCAAUAAUAAUGGAGUCUUAAUGCAAGCAUUCAACAGAGAGAUGUAUGGCAUUCAGCGGAUUAAAGUCUUUGCACUAGUACGAAGUGGCAGGUGUGCCUGGAAAGGUGAAUGUAACCUUAACCCUCCCCAUCCCUCACACCCCAUUUAUUUUUAGCAAGUACAAUCUAUUCAACUUUACUCACUCCAUAGUUUGUCUCAUGUUUUUAACAAUUAUAACUGUCGACAAGUGUCAUUUACUUGUAGUACUCAUUAAAAUAUGUAUAAACAGUC